AUGGCUCAAUUUUGGAACCCGGCGUAUAGUUGUUUCACCUUCGGGAAGGUGGACUUGGUGCCUACUGUGGAGGAGUAUACAGCUUUGCUUUGUUGUCCAGAGGUUCAAGUCGACAAAGUUUAUUGCAAGGCUGCUAGUGCCCCAGCUUUUGUAAAGAAGUUAAUGAGUAUCACUGGGAUGAGUGAACAAUGGGUUACAGCUCGAAUUCAACAAAAAGGUGAUGGUAGAUGCAUUCCUUGGGUAAGUUUGAGGGACCUGAUCGUAGCAUAUCCGGAUACAAAGAGGAAAGUUGAUGUCUUCGCCCUAAGUAUCUAUGGUUUAGUCAUUUUCUCCAAGGCUUUAAGGCAUAUAGAUGAAGCAGUUGUUAAAUUCUUUGAUCGACUUGAUAAAGGGGUCACACCGGUGCCGGUAAUUCUUGCUGAGACAUUCAGAUCCUUGAGUGCAUGUCGGAGGGCAAGUGAAGGUAGAUUUAUAGGGUGUGCGCAGUUAUUGUUGGCUUGGUUCCACAGCCAUUUCUGGAAGGUAGAUAAGGUUUCCUAUCGGGUUUUUUCUGAGAGUUAUUCCCCGUUAAAGGAGAUAACAGCCAUGUCUAGGAGAGAUGACAUAUCAGAAGAAAAUUGGAUCGCGCUCCUCCGAAAUCUUCAGGAAGAUGAUGUUGAGUGGAGAGCUCCUUGGUUUGUUCCUGAUGAGAUCCUCUAUCGGCGUGGGAGUUUUGAUUGGGUACCUCUACUUGGAAUUUGGGGAGCUACUGGAUAUACCCCUUUGCUCGUUUUAAGACAGUACAGGUCAAGGUAG